AUGGACUCUAUUGAAAAAGAUGAUAUACCAAUUUUAACAGCUACGGAUUGGCCAUUAUCUGAUUACAAUCCAAAUCCAAGAUUUUCACAAAGGAACAGAAGUGUUUCAAUAUCCAUUCCAGUGACCUCCAUUGAAUUGAAUUCCAAUUCAACAAGUCGUGUUGGAUUUACAGGUCCCUUGCGUAGUGAAAGAAACACUCAUGAUGAACAUACACAAGAGAGGAAGCCACAGGAACAAGAAGAUUCUGGAAAUUAUAAUCAUCAAUUCGGAGAUUUUAAUAGUGAGGCAAAAAAUGAGCAUUUAUUCAGGUCAGGAAGAUUGGGGAUGUGCAAUGAUCCUUAUUGUACAACAUGCCCACCUUUCUACAAAGCAAAACCGAUCUCAACAGUUGCCCAAGGGUUUGAUCACCAUUUUGAUAAUGUUAUAUAUGGAGGUGUCAAGGGGUGGGCACAAGGAAAGUUAUUGUUACUAAAACAUUUUACAUUUGGGAUCAUGAAUCCACAUGCCAAAGUUGUUCAACAGUGGAACCAGUUCAUUGUCAUUUCUUGCUUAGUUUCCAUUUUCAUAGACCCCUUAUUCUUUUACUUGUUGUUGGUGAAUAAGGAGUUUAAGUGCAUAUUAAUUAAUUGGCCAAUGACAAAAACCAUGGUGGCUUUCAGAAGCAUGACCGACUUUAUAUACCUCUUGCAUAUGCUUCUUCAGUUCAGGUUGGCAUUCAUUUCACCUGAAUCAAGAGUUGUAGGUGCUGGAGACUUGGUUGAUCAUCCUAAGAAGAUCGCGUUACAUUAUCUUUCUGGAUUUUUCUUCCUCGACUUAUUUAUCGUAUUGCCAGUUCCUCAGAUAAUUGUAUUACUUAUUCUACCAAAUGCCAUUGCAUCAUCAGGAGCUAACUAUGCAAAGAAUCUUUUGCGAUCGGCUAUUCUUGUUCAAUACAUUCCAAGAUUAUACCGGUUUUUGCCUCUUCUUGCUGGACAAUCUCCAAGUGGUUUCAUAUUUGAGUCUGCAUGGAUUAACUUUUUCAUUAAUCUUUUGACUUUUGUCUUGGCUGGACAUGUUGUUGGGUCAUCCUGGUAUUUGCUAGGGUUACAGAGGGUGAAUCAAUGCCUUCGAGACGCUUGUCAUAAUUCUGGAAUCGAGAAUUGCACAAAGUUUAUAGAUUGUGGACAUGGGAAUGAUACUCUGGCCUUUGAAGUUGAUCAACAAUGGAAUAACUGGAAACAAAAUGAAAAUGCAAGUGCUUGUUUUACCGAAGAUGGCUUCCCUUAUGGAAUUUACGUGAAAGCUGUCAAUCUCACAGCCGAAAAUAAUAUAAUCACAAGAUAUGUCUACUCAUUUUUUUGGGGGUUUCAGCAAAUCAGCACAUUGGCGGGCAAUCAAACUCCCAGUUAUUUUGUGUGGGAAGUCCUUUUUACAAUGGGUAUAAUUGGGCUUGGACUUUUACUUUUUGCCCUCCUUAUUGGAAACAUGCAGAACUUUCUUCAAGGUCUCGGACGCAGACGACUGGAAAUGUCACUUAGACGACGUGAUGUUGAGCAGUGGAUGAGCCAUAGACACUUGCCUACAAGCCUACGAAGAAAAAUUCGAGAAUCAGAACGCUAUAAUUGGGCAGCUACCCGAGGUGUUAAUGAAGAAAGGCUAAUGGAGAAUUUUCCUGAAGACUUGCAAAGAGAUAUACGUCGACACCUCUUUAAGUUUGUCAAGAAAGUCCGGAUUUUCUCGCUGAUGGAUGAACCCAUUUUAGAUGCAAUAUGUGAAAGGUUAAGACAAAAGACAUACAUCAAAGGUGGGAAAAUUUUAUAUAAAAGUGGGGUUGUGGCAAAAAUGGUUUUUAUUGUAAGAGGGAAGAUGGAGAGCGUUGGAGAAGAUGGGAAUAAAGUUUCAUUGUCGGAAGGUGAUGUAUGUGGUGAAGAACUUCUCAAAUGGUGCCUUGAACAUUCCUAUGUUAAUGGAGAUACACAAAACCGUAAGAAACAAGGAUUCAGAUUGUUUAGCAACAGGACAGUGAGAUGCCUAACAAAUGUGGAGGCAUUUGUUCUUCGGGCUGCAGAUCUUGAAGAAGUAACCACUAUUUUUGCUGGAUUCUUGAGGAAUCAUCGUGUUCAGUUUGCCAUUAGGAAUGAAUCUCCAUACUGGCGGGGUUUGGCGGCAACCACCAUCCAGGUAGCAUGGAGAUACAGGAAGAAGCGGCUCAGCUGUGAAAAAACCUUAACUCGUCAAUCUAAGUUGAGUCUUCAUAAGAGACUUUCUUUUUAGGGUGUUUAAUUGGAGAAACAUUUUGAGGGUUUUUAUUGACAACUUCUUAUUGGGCUAUAAAAUAUCUUAUCAUUCACAACCUUGUAUGUAUAUCUAAAAAUUUUGUUCAACAAUACUUUUUACAAUUUAAUUAAAGUCUAUAAAAUAAUGUUGUUGAUAUAAUAUAA